GCUCAGCUUAUUAGCCCCGCGCAAGUGGGGCGGCUCUACUAACGCGCAGGCACCACCACUACCACCAUCACCGCCUCACGCAGACAAACAAGUCGCAGUUGGCCCUGCUGAGCCACAUAUCAACAAAUAUCCCAACCAAGCAAUUCGGGUCCAGCAUCUUAUAUCUCCACGAACCCACCUCCAGUCCUAACUGCAUUGCACAUUGCACAUCUCUAACCCGCAAACAUGUCGGACGAUGACGACUUCAUGCAAGACUCCGGCGAGGAGGAGUAUGACUUCGAGUACGAGGAUGACGACGACGACGAGAGUGGCGACGUCGACAUCGAGAACAAGUACUACAAUGCAAAGCAGCUCAAGGCCGACGACCCCGAGGCGGCCAUAGAUGAAUUUCUGGGCAUGCCUGCACUGGAGCAGGAAAAGUCGGAAUGGGGCUUCAAAGGGCUGAAGCAGGCCAUCAAGCUCGAGUUCAAGCUGGCGCGCUAUGACAAGGCGGUCGAGCACUACAAGGAGCUUCUAACCUAUGUCAAGUCUGCCGUGACGCGCAACUACUCGGAAAAGUCAAUAAACAACAUGCUCGACUUUAUAGAAAAAGCCGCAGAAGACGCCGAUGCGUAUCGCUGCAUGGAGAACUUCUACGCCCUGACCUUAGACAUCUUCCAGAGUACCAACAAUGAGCGGCUGUGGCUCAAGACCAACAUCAAGCUCGCCCGGCUAUGGUUGGACAGGAAGGACUAUCGUCAGCUUACCGAGAAGCUCCGCGAGCUACACAAGGCCUGCCAGCGGGAAGACGGCACAGACGAUCCAAGCAAAGGCACAUACUCAUUGGAGGUCUAUUCGCUCGAGAUUCUUAUGUAUGCUGAGACUAGGAACAACAAGCGACUAAAGGCUCUCUACCAGCGAGCACUCAAGGUCAAGUCAGCAGUUCCACAUCCCAAGAUUAUGGGCAUCAUCCGCGAAUGCGGUGGCAAGAUGCACAUGAGCGAAGAGAACUGGAAGGGGGCACAGAGUGAUUUCUUCGAGAGUUUCAAGAAUUAUGACGAGGCUGGCUCGCUUCAACGCAUCCAGGUCCUAAAGUACCUGGUUCUUGCCACCAUGCUCUCGGGUUCGGAUAUCAAUCCGUUUGACUCGCAGGAGACCAAGCCGUAUCAGAACGAUCCACGCAUCUCCACUAUGACUGACCUGGUCAAUGCUUAUCAGCUGGAGGAUAUUCACGGAUACGAGAAGAUUCUGCAAAACAACCGUGACUUGCUCCAGGAUCCUUUUAUUGCCGAGAACAUUGACGAAGUGACGCGCAAUGUUCGUACCAAGGCGAUUGUGAAGCUGGUUGCGCCCUACACGCGGUUUACCCUAGCUUUUAUCUCAAAACAGCUUAAGAUUUCUCUAUCUGAAGUGCAGGAGAUUGUAGGGUUCCUGAUUGUUGACAAGCGAUUACGCGGUAAGAUCAACCAGCAGAACGGAACCGUGGAGAUUGAGAGUAGCACAGACAUGGAUCGGGUGCAGGCGAUCAAGGAAUGGAGCAACGCCAUCGGAGUGCUGUGGCAGACGGUGCUAAACGAGGGCGAGGGCUUCAAGUCUGACGAAAGUGGGUCUCAGUUCACUCCUGGCGGGGCUUCAGGUAUGGGGUGGAACCAGAGCUCCAUGGGAGCCAAGUCAGGGCGACCAAAGGGCAAGGGCCCAGGACGCCAGGCGGGUAUGGUGAGCAAAGGAUGACCUGCAUCAUCUGUCGUGGGCUUCACAAGACGACCUGCAACUGGGUUUCCGGGACACGGGGGCGUCGGGAGGGUUGUACAUUACCGUGACCGAGGCGCUCCUCACCUGAAGAAGACUUGAGACAUGGCAUGAGGUUGCUCGGAGCGAAGGGUGAGGGUUGGCCCACGGGGUAGCACGAGACUAGAGCGUUCGUCCACCAGCAGCGGAGGCGUUUCAACAUGGUCAGUUGGACGGCGGAGAUGGUCGGUCAGGCUUGGUCACGCAACUGCUACAGCGGG